CUGUUUGGAACUUGAAGGGGGGGCCAUGUUGUUUAGCCACUCAGUGUUUGGCUGAUGUUUUAGCUAACAACAGCAACAUGGCUAUUAGCGUUUGUUAACUCCCGGAGAUGGCCGUAAUGUGUUGUAAACAGUAAAUAUUGCAUAUAAGGUCAAGAAAACGUGUUCGAUUUAACACGGAAACCCACUCACUGGCUGCAAAACAACAGCUUUCCCGUGGAAUGAGCGUUCCAUGCAGCAUCCUAGGUAUGAAUGACGUGGCCUGGCAGGAGACAAGAGGUGGGAUGCUGCAUGCAAAUGGUGCUCCUGAGUCUGGGGGUGUUCGAGUUCAUGGUGGAGGGCCCCUAGCUGCAGUUGGAGGAGCUGGUCAGGCUCCUGGAGGGCCACAUAUACAGGGCAUGGACAGAGUUCCUAACCCUACCCCAGGUACCCCGCAGCCUCCGCUGAGCGGGAGGUCUCAGGAUGAUGCCACAGUAGGAUACUUUUUUCAAAGGCAGCCUGGAGAGCAGCUUGUGAGUUGCACACCUAGCAAGCAUCGCUGGCCCACCGGGGAUGCCAAUCAUGUUGAUCAGACUGCUGCGCUCGAGGCUUUCAGUGAUCAAAGCAGCGUAGUCCGUGUAGUGGAUGAAAUGAACUAUGACUUUCAAGCUCUUGCUUUGGAGUCGAGGGGGAUGGGAGAGCUUUUGCCAGCAAAAAAGCUCUGGGAUUCUGAUGAGCUGGCCAAGGACGGCAGGAAAGGAAUACUUCUUGGAGAAGAAUGGAGAGACAAUGCAUGGGGAUCAUCUCAUUUUCGUUCAGAUCAUUCAGUGUCUCAGCCAAUCAUGGUGCAGCGGCGGCCAGGCCAGGGUUUCCAUGGGAAUGGUGAUGCCAAUUCUGUGCUUUCACCUCGCUCAGAAGGUGGAGGCCUUGGCGUGAGCAUGGUGGAGUACGUCCUGAGUUCCUCCCCUGGUGACAAGAUGGAUGGUCGCUACAGGAAUGGUGGCUAUGGUGCAGGAGAUGCUGACCAAGAUGGGAGAGAGAAGAGUGAUGCACAAGAGAAGGUGUCGCCUUUUGAAGAGGACAAAAGCCCAGAGAUGAAGGUGGGAGAGGAGAGUGAUCCUACUAAAGCCAAUGGAAGAGGUCUGCUAAACGGCAUGGACAGAGACUGUAAAGACUUCAACCCAACUCCUGGAAGCCGUCAAGCUUCUCCCACCGAGGCUGUAGAGAGGAUGGGGCCCAGUCAGACAGGUUUAGAGAUGAUGGGGGCGCACCACCCUCAUGCUCUCCAACAACAGAACCCUUCCCAAAACAAGAUCCCAGCUGAGGACUUCCAGAACCAGGAGGCCCAAAACAUGGGAGGCAUGGAGCAGCAAGCUGGUGUGGAGUCCUUACAGUUUGACUAUGCUGGUAACCAGAUUCAGGUGGACUCUUCAGGGACUCCAGUUGGAUUGUUUGACUACAGCUCUCAGCAGCAGUUGUUCCAGAGGUCUAAUCAACUGACCGUUCAACAGCUCACUGCAGCUCAGCAACAACAGUAUGCGCUGGCUGCGGCUCAGCAGCAGCAUCUUGCUGGCCUUGCUCCUGCAUUUGUGCCAAAUCCUUACAUCAUUAAUGCUGCCCCACCUGGAGCUGAUCCCUACACUGCCGCUGGGCUGGCAGCAGCAGCCACGCUUGCAGGUCCCACAGUCGUUCCACCACAGUACUACGGCGUCCCUUGGGGUGUUUACCCUGCUAAUCUUUUCCAGCAGCAGCCCGCAUCUACUGCCAAUCACUCAGCCAAUCAGCAAGCAUCCAGUCAGGGUCCAGGGCAACCACAGGUGAUGCGCACAGGAACCAACCAGCGACCUCUUACACCUGGGCAAGGCCAACAGAGCCAGCAGGAAUCUUUAGCUGCAGCAGCUGCUGCAAACCCUGCAUUGGCAUACACAGGAAUGCCUGGAUAUCAGGUUUUGGCCCCUGCGGCCUAUUAUGACCAGACUGGAGCUUUGGUGAUGGGCCCUGGUGCUCGAACCGGUCUGGGUGGCCCAGUUCGUUUAGUUCAGACCCCUCUUCUUAUCAAUCAUGCAGCAGCACAGGCUGCAGCAGCAGUGUCUGCAUCUGGCUCUGGUAACAACAUGUCUGGUCCUCCUGCCAAUGGGCUGUACCGCUCUAUGCCUCAGCCUCAACCUCAGCCGCAGCAGCAGCAGGCUCCUCCACCCAGCAGCGGCCUGCCCUCGAGCUCAUUCUAUGGCUCUGGAUCAGUCCCUAACACCUCUCAGAGCAGCUCCCUUUUCUCACACACCUCUGCUGCCCCACCACCACCAAGCUCCUCCCUGGGUUUCAGCAGCACUGGUGGCUCUCUUGGCGUUGGCCUGGGCUCUGCUCUUGGAGGUUUUGGCUCUUCUGUAUCCAGCUCUACCAGUAGCAGUGUAUCCCGCAGGGAUUCCCUGUUGGCAAAUUCUGACCUAUACAAGCGAGGUGGCAGCAGUUUAACUCCCAUUGGGCAGCCGUUUUACAACAGCCUGGGUUAUUCCUCUUCACCCAGCCCCAUUGGCCUUACACCAGGUCACUCCCCACUCACUCCUCCACCAUCUUUGCCCUCCUCCCAUGGAUCCUCUUCCAGCCUUCAUUUAGGUGGCUUGACAAAUGGCAGCGGCCGUUACAUUUCUGCAGCUCCUGGAGCUGAGGCCAAAUACCGGAGCACAGGCGGCACAUCCAGUCUGUUCAAUUCCAGCAGCCAGUUGUUCCCUCCCUCACGGCCCCGCUACAGCCGCUCCGAUGUCAUGCCGUCUGGACGCAGCCGCCUAUUGGAAGACUUCAGGAACAACCGUUUCCCAAACCUUCAACUCCGUGACCUGCCUGGACACAUGGUGGAGUUCUCUCAAGACCAACAUGGAUCCAGAUUUAUCCAACAGAAGCUAGAGAGAGCCACUCCUGCUGAGAGACAGAUGGUGUUUGGAGAGAUUUUGCAAGCAGCAUACCAAUUGAUGACUGAUGUAUUUGGGAAUUAUGUCAUCCAAAAGUUCUUUGAGUUUGGAAGUGCAGACCAGAAGCUGGCUUUGGCAACGCGUAUCCGUGGGCACGUCCUUCCCCUGGCAUUGCAGAUGUAUGGAUGCAGGGUCAUUCAGAAAGCCCUGGAGUCCAUUUCCUCAGACCAGCAGGUAAUUAGCGACAUUGUCCGUGAGCUUGAUGGCCAUGUGUUGAAGUGCGUGAAAGACCAGAAUGGGAACCAUGUGGUGCAGAAGUGCAUUGAAUGUGUCCAGCCUCAGGCCCUGCAGUUCAUUAUUGAUGCCUUCCAGGGACAGGUUUUUGUGCUUUCCACACACCCCUAUGGCUGCAGAGUUAUCCAAAGGAUCUUGGAGCACUGCACCCAGGAGCAAACUCUGCCCAUCCUGGAAGAGCUUCAUCAGCACUCUGAACAGCUCGGCCAGAAAUAUCAAGGCGUAUCAUUGGAGAUGACACCCAAAACAUAUUAUACAGUGUCCCGUGAUGCACUGUUCAAGGAUCAGUACGGUAACUACGUCAUUCAGCAUGUUUUGGAGCACGGCAGGCCAGAAGAUAAGAGCAAGAUAGUGGCAGAGGUGCGUGGGAAGGUUCUUGUCCUGAGCCAACAUAAAUUUGCAAGUAAUGUGGUGGAGAAGUGUGUGAUCCACUCCUCGCGUGCAGAGAGAGCUCUGCUGAUAGAUGAAGUGUGCUGCCAGAAAGACGGGCCCCACAGCGCCUUGUACACCAUGAUGAAAGACCAGUACGCCAACUAUGUUGUCCAAAGAAUGAUUGACAUGGCAGAACCUGCUCAGCGGAAAAUCAUCAUGCACAAGAUCCGGCCUCAUAUUGCUACUUUGCGUAAGUACACCUAUGGGAAGCAUAUUCUGGCCAAGCUGGAAAAGUACUACAUGAAGAGCGGCUCCGAGCUGGGUCCGAUCGGCGGCCCCACGAAUGGUCUCAUGUAGUCACGUUGACAUCCCAGGUCCCCUGAGCAAGUGGAGGAGUAGGAGCCCCAAACCCCCUGUUCUGUCUGUGAGAGAUACUCCUUAGCCAUAGGGGUUAGCCUUUGACACCCUCUGUCAUCCCAACUUUUGUGGGGGCAAAUUACCAAAAAAAAAAAGCAAAACAAAAAAAUAAGACAAGACAAGUCAACUUCACCUAAGAACGCUGUGACAACUGACUCCUGCCACUCUGCCACCCCUGGUGCAGGUCCCCAGCGUGGCCCCCAGGGGACGCACAGUCAGCAGGCUGUUUUUGUUUUUUUUUGUUUUUUGGGGUUUUUUUUCCUCUUGUUUUCCUGGGUAAAGCACAAACCCACUGUUAAUGAUGUAAUUGAUGUAUUUGACUGGUUUUCAUAUUAUCUUGUACAUUUAGUUUUUUACCUUGUAAAUUCUCUGUAGAAAAAGAAAUUAUUACACAUUUGCUGAAAUUUACACUUCUUACAAUUAACACCAGCAAGUGACUUUAUAAAGGCUAAACUGAGUGAUCCUUUUAAAAUACAGUUCCAUUUGGUUUUGUAACCAGACAGCUGUUCUUAUGAAGUCUAGGCAAUUUAUUAAAAAUAUUUGUAUAUUAUCCCACACAUACAGUAGAAAGUGUUUUCCCAUGCCAAAGCAGCUGAUGGAUUAGUUUUCAAAUAGCACUACAUAGUAUGGAUGGAUGGAAAUCUCUCAUCCACAAGCAAGUACUAUGUGUCACGUGCCACAGUCACCCAGAGGUCUUUGAGGCCACUUUGCCAGCUCGGGGUUGGAGAUUGGUGCUUUACUCUAGGGUAGUGUUUGCCAGUGGUGGCUUUUUCUUGCCUCCUUUUCCACACUUGGUGGGAGUGUGUCGGGCUACUCCAGCAGCUCGUAGCCUGCAUUGUGUUUUGGUACUAACAGACUGAGCUGCUGCAUCCACCGAGCACCGUUUGAGCUGUCUUACUCUCUCCUCAUGCAGGUGAUCACUUGAUUUUUAUGCAGGAAAAAAAAGCUACCGUUUAACUUAAAGAAGCAGAGCAUGAGGUUUGGUUGUACAGUGGGUGUGUGACCUGGUUUAAUAUUAACAUAAUAUGACCAUAGCUGGGGGGCUUUUUUUUUGCAGGGAUAGCAGGGUGGGAGCGGGGUAUGCGUUGGCAUGCUGUAAUAGGUUUUAAUCCUUGGAAUGAUUUUUUUUUUUUUUUUUUUUUUUUUUCUUUAUCAUGUUUUGUGUAACAUCUUAUCUGUCUUGUAGUUUGAGAUGAACACUGCCCUAGAAAACAGUAUCUUUAUGUACUGAAUAAUCAUCUCUUGCGUAGAAGUAGUUGAGCAAUGUAUAGCAUCUUUAUGUAUAAGUAAAUUGUUGCUUUUUGGUUGAGGGGCUUGCAGCAGUGAUGGGAACCCCCACCGCCUGAAGGUCAGAGCAGUCCAAAUAAAUUCUUUUUCUUUUUUAUGGAGUUGAUUACAGGUUUAUUUACAUCAGAAGUGUAAUAGAUGUAGCUGAAGAAAGGGAUGUUGAAAGAACCUUUUUAAUGGUUCUGGUUUUUUGUUUUGGGGGGUGGGGGCAGUUAUAUUUUUUUUUUUGUUGUUGUUGUGUUGGGUUUUUUUUGGUUGGGUAUGUAAGUGCAUUGGUGGAGGCCGGUGGGGCCAUCAAAAGCUAUACAAUUCACCUGUAAUGCUCGUAGUGACGGCUUCUUUGCUUCAUAUGAAUUGUAGAAUAAAUGUAGUAUAUGUGCAGUUAAUAAGUGUAAGAUUAUUAGUUUAACUGAAAAAAAAUGUCUAGUCGUGGUGUUUGACAGGCCUUGCUCUAAAUUUGUAGUGAUGCUUUUAUUUGUCUGUACAGUUGUACAUUUGUAAACGUUUAUGCUGUAAAUGGGAUGUCUUUUACACUUUUUUGGGGGGGAGAAAAAGGCUAAUGUGCAUUUUAGAUGUGUGUAUAUUCAUCACUCCUUUCCCCUUGAAUAUAAUGUAUACAGGUUUUAUUUGAUCAAGUGUUAUUUUAAAGAAAACAAAAACUCUAUGGCUUCACAAUCUGGCAUGGUUUUUGUUUUUUAAUCUGUUAUGGGCCAGCCUCUAUUUGUACUGAAGCUGUAACAUCCACUGUUGAUAGUCUUUCUGAUGUGUGACAGUUUAAAAAGGAGAAAAAAAAAACACUCUGUACUAAAAACUGAGGCUGCAUUUAGUCCUCUCCGCUACCAUGGAAACUUCACAGGAUAUGACGAGAAUUAUUUUUGUACAGAAGAGUGCUGUAUUUUGGAACAGCUACUACCUUGUAAGCAAAAGCAAUGUAAAAUAUUGUCAAUUAUAUAAAUAUGAACAUAUGAGUUUUGUCACACUGUCAAAGUCAUGUACAUUUUCAGGUGGCCUUAUGUACAUUUCCAGAUGUUAGAUGAAGAAAACAAACUCCUUUUUCGAAGCAGAAUUGUGACAUUGUAUGAUUAAAUUGUUCUUCUAACAUUUGACCUUAA